CAACCGCAAAGGUUCAUCGAUCAGUUCGCGACGAACUGCGCGAGCGCGUAGUAGUGAUACGCGCUUCUUGUUAUAACAAAAAAAAAACUGAUAUCUUAAAAAUUGUGAUUUUUAGUUUUUUAUAAAUUGCUGGCAUCAUCAUGAAAAGUUUGAGGUUAUGGUGGUGCGUUGCGGCUAUACUGCUUGUGUGCAGUCCGCCGGCGCGAUGUCGGAAUGUCACUACUGAAGAUAUACGAGACGCGAUGCUAUCCCUAAUCCACAUGUUCCGGGUAUCUGAGGACAAGCUGGAGCGACACGAGUUCAGAGAGCGGACGUUUGGAGAACAGCUGAAGAAGAUGGUAGCCGGUUUGGAAAAGCGGCAUCGAGCCCUAGAGCCCAUGAAGGGAAUCGUCUCUAGAUUAGAUGAGAGAUUAUCCAAUGUUGAAACGAUAUUGUUCCAGAAAGAAGAGAGAGAAAAAGAACAGCGUAAAAAGACAGAGGAUACUCUGGAAGAAAUAAAGAAGUCGAUCCAAGCACUAACGGAAACGGUGAAGACCAUUAAAACUCAACACGAGACCGCGCCUGCUGAGGUGGAGGACAAUUUGACUACCAAAGAGGACUCGCUCGCCACAAGACUUGACGGCACUGACCAGAAACUAGACGCCAUUCAAAACGAAAUGGAAGAACUUAAGAACAGUUUGACCAAGGAAUCAUUGCAACUGAUGUGCUCGAGCAUAGCGUCCGCAUCAAAUCCCUUCGAGCGCCACAUCUCUGAGGCGGAGAAGUUGCUCAACAAGUACGAGCUGAAACUAAACGAGUACAACGGCACCGCCAGCAAGGUGAUGACGGACUUCGUGCCCCUCAACGAAGUCGCGCUCGCGGAUGACGCCUGGCACAACAAGAUGACCAGCGUAAUGGAGCGUCAGGAAGCGGAGAUAAAGAAGAUCCAGCAACUGUUAUCGGAUGCGGAGAGCACGUGGAAGGAGCUGCCGCGGCGCUCUGACACGCAGCUUGCUCUCAACAUCACUCUGGAGAGCAUCGAGAGCAUUCGACACAACAUCACCGAUGACAGCGAUAACACUGUUGAGAAGAUAUCUACGAAGCUGCGAGAAAUGAGCGACCGUUUGGCGACAACGAACGGCGACAUCCAGAACAGCCUCACGCAGAGCAACACGAUGAGUGAGCGCGCUUACAACGACAUCUCGCGGAGCUACGCCACACUGCUCAAGGAGGUGCAAGCUCUAUCAAAGAACGAGCACGUGAUGCUGCAGACGGCGGACAACGUGAUCGCCAACAAGAAGCGCAUCGACCACGGCAUGCACCAGAUACUGCUCGAGAUGAGAGAACUGGUCAAAGCGCAGACCAUGCAUCUCAACAACACGCUCGUCAACAGCAUCAACGCGACUGAAACAUCUAUAGUUAACAGUCAGAUGAACGCGAUGAUGUCUUUAACGGCUAAGAUCGAGUCAGAGAUGACGCAGGUGUGGCGGCAGAUCGGCAGCAUGUACCAGCAACUCUCUGCCAGCAAGGCCUCGCUAGAUAAACUUACGGGACAGACGGAACAAUACGUGAACGGCAGCGCCGCGACUAUGCAGAGCAUGAAGGAAAAAGUGACUCUGAUCACGACACGCAUGGCGGAAGUUGACGAUAACUUGAAUUAUUUACUUGGAAGACUGUCCCUCGUGACACAAGAGUUUAGUCAGAUUAAGACCGGCCUGGGGGAGGCGCUCGAUAAAGCAAAGUCCAACCUACUCACUGUUCAAUCCAAAAUAAACGGUAACAGCGCGGGCCCUCAUGAUAUCGACAGCGAGGAGAAAGGGACCAACUGAUGCAACAUAAAUUGUACCAAAUAAUGUAGACCUAAUUAACAGUGUAACUUUAAGUGCAAAGUGGUCUUACUUUGUAUUGACUGAUUUAGGAUGAGGUGAGAACAGUAAAAUAAAACUUUACAACAAC